AUGAGUUUAUUGGAUGUUAAUGCAGGAUUAUAAAAAAUCAAAUUAGAAGGCCAUUCAAGUGAAGUCAUUUCAGUCAUUUCUCUCCAGAUUGUACAACAUUGGCAUCUGGUUGUGACAAUUUCUCUUUUCUAUGUUAAGACAGGAUUUUAAAAAUCAGUUUAGAUGGUCAUGGUAAUUUGGUCAUUUCAGUUUGCUUCCUUCCAAUAGUAACUGGUAGUUAUGAUAUGUCAAUUAAAUUAUGGGAUGUUAAGAAUAAUAGCUUUUCAAUUGAUAAUUAAUAAUUAAAUACGCUUUGAAUUUUCAGAAUUGUUGGUUUUAUCUGUAUUAGAUCCUUACAACAUAUUGAAAAGUAGAGUUGGAUAUUAAAAAAUAGAUGAAAUGCAAAAACAAAUUCAGAAAUUAAUCUGA